AGUGACGUCAAGUAGAGUAUUUCGGGAGCGGGAGAUACAAGAUGAUUGUUUAGGGAAUGACAACUAGGCCUAUCCUACGAUUUACAUCAAGAAACCGAUUUUAUACCAUAUAUAUAUACACGUGUUUCUGAAUAUGGAGAUUAGCUUCAUUUAGUAAGAAGACUGAGUCUACAGAAAACUUCAAACUUUUCUUACCUCCUUGUAACGUCGUUACACUGAAAAUAUAAACAUGUCGAAAAAAACAGAUGAGACGGAAAACAGCCCUGCUUGGUGUAACCAGAAUGCUAUAACAGCAGAUGUGGCUCCCGAUGUAUUGGCGAAGAUUAGGGUACUAAAUUUAAACGCAAGAAUUGAAAACCAGCCUACUACAAUAGAUGAGAGUUCAAACGCUGUUUUGAAAUACCAGACUCCAAAUUUCCGAGUUUCGGCCACUAUAGAGAUGGCACCAAUGUCUGAAGAUCAUAAGUGGAAGGUUGGCUGGAUACAAGCCUGUACAGCUAUGAUGUUCCAUAAUACUUAUGGAGAUGAAGGAUACACAAGUUGGGAAUUUCCAGAACUGACCAGUGGUCAACAAGUAAUGAUCAGUGACUGUGAUGGUCAUCACUACCCAUGGUAUGGAUCCCGCAAUGAAACUGUUGUGUUCCAGGGCCCAUGCACUAUGUAUCAAUCUGCCAGUAUUAGCAUGAAUGAUAACUUCCAUCCUCAUGUAACAUGGCGCAAUCCAGCAAACCGUAGCCAGAAUGAACCAAAUCUGACAAAGAUUGUCCGUGACCAGACUUUUAAUGUCUGGCUUGUUGCAUGGAAUAUGUCGGUGCAAAAGGCUUAUAUCCUCAAAACUGUGAGAUGGAACAUGCGUUUGGACAUCAAGGUUGAUCCAAAGAAGCCACUGGGACAAAGGGCAGAAUUAGUCAGUAAUCCAGUCCCUAAGCAGCCAGAACUACUAGAAGUGAAUAUUCCUCUACCAAGGUGUGCCCUGAUGCCUCCAAAUGCCAACAGUGCCCAAAUGCUUGUAUGGCGGCCAACAACUGGAAGGCCAUUGUGUGUCAUACCUCCGGUGUGGCAGAAUGAUGUUCCAGUAGAAGACCAAGUGCGAAAAUAUGAUAGCAAACUCUGCAGACUGUAAACAAUAGAUCAUUUACAUUUCUUACAGUUUGAAGAUCAAUAGAAUUUAUUUGAUACAGUUUCAACUUUACUUUAUAUAUGUAUAUAUUGACUUUUAAAAGGAAUGUCUAUUUUUAUAUAAUUGUAACAUAAAGUGAUAUUUAAUAUAUAUAUAUAUAUAUGAUCAUGUCCACAUUCUGCAAAUAUUUUUUUCUGAUUCUGUGAUAAAUUAUAGUGACACCAAUCUGAUUCAAUCAUGCUUCGAAUUUGAGAUACCAUUUUACUGUGAGUUUUUAAUUCAUAUUUCUGAAUUACUACUACUAUCUCUUAGAAUAAAUAGACCAAUUAAUCUAAAUUAAGGUAUACAAUUUAUUUACUGUCAAAUCUUAAGAAAAGAUAUUUAUUGAAUAAAUAUUUUUCAAC